AAAAAAAAGUCUGACAUUGACGGGCACCUGUGCUGUUUUGGCACUAUUUGGAAAACUAGCAAAUCUUUUCUAUACAAAAUCCUGUAAAUAUUGUUGAAUACUUAGUAGUAAAUUAUUACUUAUAAUGGGUGGUAAAACGAAACAAAGUCAGAGAACGAAAAAUAAUGUUCGACCAUCAAGCAGUGGUAGAAGUGCAGAAAUAUUAAGUUCCACAAUUAAAUUGGACUCUACUCUGGUGCCUGGCAAGGACCUACCAGUCCUGUUCCCCACAAUAAACACGACUACUAUUGACCAGGGACUCAGUCCUGAGUACUCAGUAUGUUUCAAACAACUCAACAAAAAGGACCCUUACACUAAAACUAAGGCUCUACAAAAAAUAACAGAGUUGGUGAAAAAUGGCAAUGUUGAGGACGCAGUGGCUGCUCUGUCAAGCUGGGCUAAUCAUUACCAGAUCUUGAUCACAGACAGUGAUCGGAGAGUACGGGAAGCUGCCCAGGCGUGUCACGGGGCGCUGGUGUCCGCUUGCGGCCGUCGAGCGGCGCCGGCGCUGCGGAGGCUGCUGCCGGCCUGGCUGCUGGCGCACCACGACGACCAUGCGCCGGCCGCGGAGCUGGCGAGGGCGCAGUUGCAGAACACUUUCCCUGAUAACAAAUUGGGCGAAGCGCUAUCGUUUUGCAAAACGGAGAUUAUAACACUGCUCUUAGACAACUUAUCAGGCAAUACAGCGGCAAUGCUCAGUAAAAAAGUUGAUAAUCCAGAUGAACGUCAGAUUCAAAUCGAACGCAUUCUGUCAAGCAGUCUCAGAGCACUGGAGUUGCUUAUAGUAAAACUACCGGAGAUUCACGAUGAGUGGUUAUGGGAAAAGUUACGGCUAUUGCUUCAGUCCGUUGAAUUCUGGAAGCUUUUUGUUCACAAAUCGGAGCAUAUUCGUGCGGCGUGGUACAGUGUAUGUGGGCAACUAUGUUCCCGUGAAGGUCCACGGCUGGGCUUGUUGCCCGAACGUGUAAGAAUAGGGAAAGCGCUUGUGUCGACACCAGAGCGUGGGGCGGUCGCUGCCCAGCGCUGGGCCGCUGUUCUACUACUCAUGCAUAGGGUUGAGGACUGGUAUACAUGGUUUGAAAGAAAAGACUUACUAGUAAAACGACUGCUAGAUGUUUUAAAUAAUGGAGGAUGGGGUGAGGCUCAACCUUUAUCUAAUAUGUUACUACCAUUGUUGUCAAAGCUGCCGGCUGAUCUGAUUACGAAGGACUUUUAUACGACAUUUUUCAAUGCAAUUCUUACAGGGCUUAGCAACAGAAAUCUGUUAAGUUCGAAAAGCGAAAGACAAACGUGGAUAAAAAUUUUAGAAGAGUGCCUUCGAUACUUGUCCAUUCAAAACCAAGAAUACGUGACAGAAGUCGUCACAUACGUUCAUCGAACUUGGUUACAAAAUGUAUUCGCAGUAACCGACAAUCAAACGAAGAAUCAUUUGAUCAAAUGUUCGGCUACCAACAUGGCGUCAUUGGUCAAAUAUUGGCUCAAACAGACCAAAGAAGAAAACGGGGAAAAAUACGACCAACUCAUUCGAAAUUUCUGGCUGAACAUUGGCUCGACCAUAUCAAAACAUAUCGACCAAUUUGAAAAGGACAAUGUAACACAAUCGAUCGAAUCACAUAUAUUGAUAUUGAAGACGUUAAAGACGAUGUUUGUAUUUGAAGGUAAGAAGCAACGUCGCAUACAUUUCGCAGAUCAAGAAGUUGUCGAAGAAUCGAAUCUGCCGAGUCCAACAGAGAUGUGUGAUAUAACACUUAUCGAUAGAUUUCAACACAAUUUAAACGAUCUUGUAGAAAACACAUGUUGUAAUUACUUCGACUUUGUGAAUAAUACGGAAGUGCCUCAAACAGUUUUUACCGCCUUAUUAACAUUUAUCGUAGAAUUUGAGGGUAGAAACUUACUAAUGGCCCUAGCGAGGCAUUUCAAACAAGAUAAUAUAUAUGGAUUUUAUGAGAUAGUGUUGAAACAGUGGUUAACCGGUGAUAAGGCAUGUGAAGUGCUCGUUGAUGUUGUUUUCAUUAUUAUGAAAUAUUUAUCUGAAGAUGAACAGGAUAAAAUGUUUGAGAGUUUCUCACAGUUCCCUCCAGCCGUAGUGGAAUGGUGUUUGUAUCGCGCGGUGUCUCACCCACAACGCGAGAAUAGUGCGGCAAGGCGGUGGUUGCAAGGACCCGUAGCUGAGCAGUGUGUGGUGGAUCUGAGUCUACGUGAGGGGGACAAGGCUGCAACGAGGUUACUGCUGACGUGUCUGGCUCUUGAUGAUAAUGGUGAGCCAGUAAUUAGCUCGUCGGCGGUAUCUCGGUCCGUGGAAAGGUUGAGCGCCACUUGCGGCGUGGCCGCGACGAGCGCCCUAGCCACGCUCGCACUCGCGCCACGCCCUUACCACCGUCUGCACGCCGUACCGCUAGUGACAGCACUGUUCCGGAGAUCUCUGGAACAUUCCGGUCCCGACGACCAAAAGGCAUGGCGUGACGCCUUACGCGCAUUACCGAAGGAUACACGAGUGCUUUUAAUAUCUCGUGCUCGUAGGCUACUACACGCACACGUCUUUAAAAACUUCGAAAACCUAGAUACAGAUCGUAUCGCACACGCCGCGUCUCUAUAUCCAUACCUGUUUAUUGCCAGCGAGGAUGAUACAAAAAUGCCAAACGAAAUAGUAUCCCAUAUAAAAAAACUAUUCGAUAUAGAGACAGAAAAACCAAACGUGCCGUUAGAAGUAUACUCCCUUAGAUGUGAUUGUAUCGAUGGACAGAUUAACUGUCCUUUUGAGAACGAUAAUGAAUUUAUAGCAACAAUUGUUAAAGAAUCUGAUAACGAUUAUACAGAACUUACAAAAAAAGACCUAAUAUUGUUUUUGUAUAAAAGUCUGUUUAGGACUUCUGUGAUAAAAGCUACCCUGUGUGAAAAUGAGUCGUUUGAAAAUGAUGAGACGGUUAUUGAGUUGUUAAAAGAGAAAUUUAUUUUGGAUGAGUUGAACAGAAUCUUCUAUGACGCAGCGGUUCUCGAUGUGCUGGUCAAGCGAUAUGCUUUUUGGCCCGACUAUGACGUCAUAAUACAAGGCAAGCAACAGUUAGACGGUCUGAUUGAAAAUAUCUUAUCUGUAAUCACUCCUGAAAUUAAAAAAGUCCUUUUAAUUCAUUUCACCAAAAACGCAGCUGCUAGAGGUUACUAUUGGUCAUAUGCGAAGAAAUUAUUCGAUGAAAAAAUAAAUACAAAUAAUUCUGCCUGUCCGAACAAACUCAAAAGUCAAGAAAGUUGUGCAGAUGGAACUAAACUCGGAAGUAAGGAUGAUGAGGCUGAAGAUAUGAAUAAGGAGCCUAAAUCAGGACUUGGCGAAGAAUGUCAAAAUGGGACGGAUAUAUUAGAUACGGAGAUGUCAGAAGAAGUUGUCACGGGGAAUGGAUAUUUCCAUAGCUUACAGGCCGCGCGCGAGCCCGCCGCCGCGCUGCUGCUGCCGCGCGCCGUGCUGGCCGCGCACGCGCACGACGCCGCGCUGUGCGCGCGCCUGGCGCGAGACACGCGCGCCGCCCGCCCGCCCGCCGACGUCAUCGUCGACGCCCACUACGCGUACGCCCACCUCAUGCUGUACAAGACGGACCUAUCCACUGUCUCGUGGAGUAUGAUAAUCAGCAAUGCAGCUAUUGUAGACUUCUUAGAAGAAGAAGUACGUACUCAUGGCUGGGACCUGCCUGCCCACCAGUGGGACUUUACCACUAUCUCUCUCUGCUCAUUAGUAGAGUCACUGCAGAUCAGUUCUCAUCAGUGGGGAUGCUGUAAGGUGGCGGUACUGUCGCGUGCGAUAUUGAAACUACUAGUGACAGUAUUGGAGUUCAUCCGAGGAGUACGGACACAGGCGGAGAAAACUCAACCCAGUGACCAUGUACUGGCCCUACCUACAGAGUGGACAGAUGUCUUCGCUCCUGACCUUACGAAACACCUGUUAGACCUGCUAAUGGUCGUCCUCAAACCCGACGACAAGCCGAUGACAGCUUGCCGUGUGGCGACAAUCGACGGUCUAAUUGCAAGUUUAGCCCAGUUACACCGCCCGGUGACCGGCGGGGCUCCGCCCUCGCUGCCCCUGAGCCCGCCCGCCCUGGUCUCCAGCGCCUGCGCAGUCCUAUCCCGAGUGGCGCCCCCCGCCCUUAAGUACCUCGCCUUUGCCGCCCUUGAUUUCGUCACGGAGACACUCGUGCUUGAAGAUGCUGAGAGCCUUGCAGCGUGGUCCAGCCAAGAGUCCCCUCCCAGUUUCUCUCUCAGUUACUACGACGACGCAAUGGUACAUCUACAGGACCUGAUGGACGCUGCCCUAUCGAACGUUAACGUCUGCGAGGGCUCAUGUGAGAUGCUGGCGGGCUCGGACUGCCACAGCGUGGCGCUGGGACAGCUGCUGCUGGCCGCGCAGCUGCUGCGGCACUGCGCGUGCGCACGGGGCGACCUCGCGCAGUACUACAUCGAGCUGCUGCGCUGCUGCGGCACUGCGCGUGCGCACGGGGCGACCUCGCGCAGUACUACAUCGAGCUGCUGCGGUGAGACACUCGCACUACUGACACUGCUGCUGGCCGCGCAGCUGCUGCGGCACUGCGCGUGCGCACGGGGCGACCUCGCGCAGUACUACAUCGAGCUGCUGCGCUGCUGCGGCACUGCGCGUGCGCACGGGGCGACCUCGCGCAGUACUACAUCGAGCUGCUGCGGUGAGACACUCGCACUACUGACACUGCUGCUGGCCGCGCAGCUGCUGCGGCACUGCGCGUGCGCACGGGGCGACCUCGCGCAGUACUACAUCGAGCUGCUGCGCUGCUGCGGCACUGCGCGUGCGCACGGGGCGACCUCGCGCAGUACUACAUCGAGCUGCUGCGGUGAGACACUCGCACUACUGACACUGCUGCUGGCCGCGCAGCUGCUGCGGCACUGCGCGUGCGCACGGGGCGACCUCGCGCAGUACUACAUCGAGCUGCUGCGCUGCUGCGGUGAGACACUCGCACUACUGACACUGCUGCUGGCCGCGCAGCUGCUGCGGCACUGCGCGUGCGCACGGGGCGACCUCGCGCAGUACUACAUCGAGCUGCUGCGCUGCUGCGGUGAGACACUCGCACUACUGACACUGCUGCUGGCCGCGCAGCUGCUGCGGCACUGCGCGUGCGCACGGGGCGACCUCGCGCAGUACUACAUCGAGCUGCUGCGCUGCUGCGGCACUGCGCGUGCGCACGGGGCGACCUCGCGCAGUACUACAUCGAGCUGCUGCGGUGAGACACUCGCACUACUGACACUGCUGCUGGCCGCGCAGCUGCUGCGGCACUGCGCGUGCGCACGGGGCGACCUCGCGCAGUACUACAUCGAGCUGCUGCGGACGGGUGCGUAUGCGGGUGGGUUGAUGGCAAGUUGCGUGAGACUUUUGCCCGCUGACAUACUAUCGGCAGCAAUGCAGGCUGACUGCAACGACUUAGCGAAACAUCGCCCCGCCUUUGAGAAACUACCACCGCUGGAUGUUUACCGGCGGUGCGACAGUAACACAAUAAGCACGUUAGCGUGCUUCGUGUUAUGUGAAACGUUGGGUGGCGCUGCUGUGGGAGAAGCCCGAAGCUGGGCGGGCGCUUUGGGGGCGAAGGCGGGGGCGGUAUUACGACGCGUUGUGGCAGCCUGUAUAGCGCCCAUACUACAGCGAAGAUUGUUGACCCACCUGGCAGCCAGAGCUCAUGAACUCCCUGACGCUACUGUCAGUAUACAGUGGUCGCGUGCGGAAGUGCAAUGCGAGUUACAGUUGGAGGAGAGGAUAUUAGAGAUUACGUUGCAAUUAGCGGAUGAGCAUCCACUGGUACCACCCACUGUUAUAACACCUCCAAACUCGCCAGCGCCAGAUACCCAGUGGAUCGUGCUCUACCUCGCUUACCAGAACGGUACGCUGCUGAACGCUUUGAAGAUGUGGAUCAGUGCAGUGACGGCUCGCGUAGAGAGCUCCCCGCAGUGCUACAUCUGCUACUGCCGCCUGCACCCCUCCACCGGCCGCCUGCCCUCCGUGCCCUGCCACCAGUGCCGCAAUAAGUUCCACUCGCCCUGCCUGCGUAAAUGGUUCUCUACAAGCAGUAAGUCAAACUGCCCACUUUGCCGGACAAAGUUCUGAUACCCCCGGUCCAACUCUGACUCAAAGGAUAUAAGUACAAAAUGCGAUGUGAUGAAAUGCACAAAAUAUUCACAGUACUACUACUUGAUUACUAAAAAUCUUAAUUUAAAUGAGUAUUUAGUUAAAAUUGUCAAUAAACCUUUUAUUAACACGUAA